AUGCCCGGCCGGGCGACGCCCCUGGCCCACCCGCAGCCCCGGGCGGGGCUGCCCCAUGCACGGCCCCGGGCCUCUCGCCGCGGUCCCGCCUCUGGCCGGCCCUGGCCGUACUGGCGGUGGUGCUGGUGGGCGGGCAUCAGUGCCUGGGGCUGAGGCGGCAUCGCCUCUCUUUGGUUCCGCCUGGCCCGAGCCCGGCCCCGGCUCCGGCUCUUCCCGGGGCCCACGGCAGACGCAGGCAGUGCGGCCGCUCCCGCCGCCUCCGCUGCGGCUUGCCCGGCCCGAGCUCUGCCACUCAGCAGCGCGGCCGCCGGCCCUGAGCCGCCGCUGUUCCGUUCCUGGGAGUGAACGUCUGGGCAUGGCUGGCCCGGGGCGCUUGAGGGGCGCUCGGGGGCCAUUGCUGGCCCCGGGCCGAGUGCUGACAGCCGUGUCCCGCCGGCAGGGAAGGCGCAGCAGGGCCUGAAGGAGCAGGACAGGCUGGGCUCGCUGCUGGGGCGCGGCGGCUUUGGCAGGGUCUUCGCGGCCAUGCGGCUCUUGGAUAGCGCCCCAGUGGCCAUCAAAAGGGUGCCACGGAAGCACAUCCGGCACUGGGGCGAGCUGCCCGACGGCACCAGCGCACCCCUGGAGAUCGUGCUGCUGGCCAAGGUGUCCACUGGCUUCCCUGGUGUGGUCCAGCUGCUGGAGUGGCUUGAGCUCCCCAAUGACAUCGUGACGGUGCUGGAGCGCCCGGAGAGCUCUCAGGACCUGCAUCGUUUCAUUCGGGCACAGGGGUUCCUGCCCGAGGAGGUGGUGCGGAAGCUGUUCCGCCAGGUGCUGGAGGCUGUGCGGCACUGCACCUGCUGCGGGGUCCUGCACAGGAACAUCAAACCAGAGAACAUCCUGCUUGACCUGGACACUGGACAUGCCAAACUGAUUGACUUUGGCUGUGGACGCCUGCAAGAGACAGCCUGCACUCACUUUGCAGCAGAGUUUUAUAUUCUGAUGAUCAUGUGCUAUGACCACUACGUGUCCAUCUGCAAACCCCUGCACUACGGGACACUCCUGGGCAGCAGAGCUUGUGCUUUCUCCUAUGUGCAGAUCUUCAGGGCUGUGCUGAGGAUCCCAUCUGAGCAGGGACGGCACAAAAUCUUUUCCAUCUGCCUCCCGCACCUGGCCGUUGUUUCUCUGUUCAUCAGCACCUCAUUUUUUACUUACCUUAAGCCACUUUCAAUGUCGUCUGCAUCCCGUGAUCUGGCCCUGUCUGUUUUGGUAGUCAUCCACUUCCGCGGAUUCUCCCGCUACCACCUGAUUCACGCUUGGAGCAGUGAUCUUAUCAACGAGUCUUUUGACCAGCCCACGGAUCAGCGAAAAAAAAAUCAAGAGCAAAAACACAACCAAAAUAAAUUUCAGAACUUAUUCUACAACUGA